CCAGAGGAACGCUGCUGCGUAUAACACUUCCCUCCCAAAACCGGAAAAGAGAGAGAGCGAGCAAACCCUAAUCCUCAAAUCCUCCCUCUCUCUCUCUCUCUCUCCCGGCGGGCCUUGUUUCGCGUUCUCGCGGCUCCCUCGGCGCUGCUCGGCCCCUCUCUUCGCCGCGCCAGCUCCUGCGCCAGCGCCGACCACCGACCGGUCCUCCUCCUUCGGCGUCGGCACGGCUGCUUUGUGACGUUUACUCCAUACAGUCUAAAUUUUGUCCAUAAGCAUGGGAGAUAGUGAAAUGCUGAUUGCCCAAACAUCUAAUACAAUGGGAUAUUCAACUGCUGGGCGCAAUUCUAUUGCUAAUGUUGAUGGGGCUUCGAAUAUCAUCCAGGAAGCUAAUGCCUUCAGUGGGGUUACAGGAGAGUUUCCAGCAUCUACGACUUCAGCUAACGCUCUCAACAUGGAUUUGAAUGCUACUACUCAGGGACCAUAUGUGAAUAAGACAUAUGAGGGUAAACCAACUGUUGGGAUGGCUAAUAUAAAUCAGGACGUUGCUAACUUUGAGAAUGCAGGAGUUGUUUCGUCUGGAGCUUCUGCUUAUGAUUCCUUUGUUAAUGGUAGCAUUACAAGUGAGGCUGUGUCUGCUGAGAAUGGCAACAGUUCUCAUGAUGCAGGCGCCAAUGCAGUGGAGCCACUGUCAGAAGAUGGUUCGGUGCUUGCUAUGUCUGCGGAAGAAGAUCGACUAUGGAGCAUUGUGAGGACGAAUUCUCUAGAUUUUGAUGCUUGGGUUGCUUUGAUUGAAGAGACAGAGAAGGUCACUGAGGGAAAUUUAGUGAAAAUUCGGAGAGUCUAUGAUGCCUUUUUGGCAGAAUUUCCACUGUGCUAUGGUUACUGGAAGAAGUACGCAGAGCACGAGGCGACCAGCUCUACUGAAAAAGCUGUGGGGGUUUAUGAGAGAGCUGUGCUGGGGGUGACUUACUCUGUUGACAUCUGGUUGCACUAUUGCCGAUUUGCCAUCAGCAAGUAUGAAGAUCCAGAGGUCAUAAGAAGGCUUUUUGAACGGGGAUUAGCUUAUGUUGGAACUGAUUACCUCUCUUAUUCUCUUUGGGAUGAAUACAUAGAAUACGAGUAUAGACAGCAGGACUGGUGCCGUAUCGCAAUGAUCUACACAAGGAUAUUUGAGAGUCCAAUUUUGUACCUGGAUAAGUAUUAUAACAGCUUUAAGGAAUUGGCUGCCAAUCGGCCUCUAGCCGAGUUAAGGACUGCUGAGGAAGCAGCAUCAGCAGCCAGUAUAGUAUCAGAGGUUGUUGACCAAGUGAAUGAAGGGGAAGUUCGUCCUGAUACUAGUGGACAGUCUCCUAAACUUGUAAGUGCUGGCUUAACAGAAGCAGAGGAGUUGGAGAAGUAUAUCGCCAUUAGAGAAGAGAUGUAUAAGAAAGCUAAAGAGUUCGAUUCUAAGAUCGUUGGUUUUGAAACAGCUAUUGGGAGGCCCUACUUUCAUGUGAAGCCCCUGAAUGUUGGAGAACUUGAAAAUUGGCAUAACUAUCUGAAUUUUAUAGAAAGAGAAGGUGACUUUAGCAAGGUGGUAAAGUUGUAUGAAAGAUGUCUAAUAGCAUGUGCCAAUUACCCCGAGCAUUGGAUAAGAUAUGUUAAAAGCAUGGAAGCACAUGGAAGUUUGGAUCUUGCGGAAAAUGCGCUUAUCCGUGCUACUCAAGUUUUCGUUAAGAGACAACCGGAGAUCCACCUUUUUGCAGCUUGGUUUAAGGAACAUAAUGAUGACAUACUGGCUGCUCGAGCUGCUUAUCAACUUGUCCACACUGAAAUUUCACCAGGUCUUCUUGAGGCCAUAAUAAAGCAUGCCAAUAUGGAAAGAAGGCUGGGGAACUUGGAUGAUGCUUUGGCGGUAUAUGAACAGGCAAUUGCUAUUGAGAAAGGAAAGGAACACUCACAAGCUUUACCAGUGUUGUUUGCUCAGUAUGCGCGUUUUCUGUACUUGGCCACGGGCAAAGUGGAAAAAGCUAGAGAAGUUCUAGAUGAGGCUCCUGAGCAUGUCCAGUUGUCGAAGCCAUUUCUUGAGAGCUUAAUUUUGAUGGAGACAGUGAUGCCAUUGCCGAAAAGAAUUGAUCACUUAGAUGCCUUGGUUGAGAAGUUCAUUGUUCCCAACACUGACAGCCCUAAUACUACGAGUAUAGCUGAGAGAGAGGAUGUAUCUACCAUUUUUUUGGAGUUUCUGGAUUUGGUGGGAGAUGCCCAGGCUAUAAAGAAGGCUCAUGAUAGACAUCUUAAGAUCUUCCUGCACAAUAGGUUGGCUUCACAGUUGAAAAAGCGUCAGGCAGAGGAUGUUCUAGCUUCAGACAAAUCUAAGCUAAUGAAACCUGAUGCUUCUGCUCCUUCAUCUGUCCAGUCUUUGAUGGGUGCAUAUCCAGGUGUACAGAACCAGUGGACAGCUGGUUAUGGUGUACAACCACAAACUUGGCCGCAUGUUACCCAAGCACCAGCGCAACAAUGGAACCCCGCCUAUGCCCAGCAGACGGCUGCAUAUGGUGGUUACCCGGCAAGCUAUGCUACCCCGCAAGUAUCAACAUCGGUGGCACCAACUGCCUCAUAUGGGGCUUAUCCUCCAACUUAUCCUGUGCAGGCCGCUCCACAGCAGAGUUAUGCACAACCAGUCGCCACAGCCACAACAGCCCCAUCUCAGCAAGCAGCGUCGGUGCCUCAGGCUUAUUAUGGGACUUACUACUGAACAGGGAUAGCAGCAGCAUCCUUGUUUGCAUGAUUGUUGUAUAGAAC